AUGUUCAUAGAUACUGCGACCGCAAACAACGAGUCGUCAAGACGCCAAAUCGUAAACCCAUCACGCACCUCCCCGUAUGAUGACUCGUCGACGCCACUUCUGGAGACCUUCGUCGGACAAGACGCGCCACCAAGCUAUCUAGAAGCAACGACUCCGGGUCUAUACACGAGCAGACUCAGUGGAGAAGAGGGCGCAAGACUACUUCCGGUGGAUGGGCGAGAGGCGCAAGAUGCAAGACUGAAAGAGGACAAAUACAAAAGAAAGACUUUGAGGCAGCAAUGCGCUAACAGAAAAAACUUAAAGUGGUUUGCUGCGGUAUUAUUUGCGGUAGUACUGGUCGCAAUCCUAGCUGUGCUGUUAGCGGGAGUGGCGGCACGGUCGGACAAGCAGGUGAGCAAACCAGCGCUGAAAGUAGGCUCUGGGGCUGGGACAUCGUCACCGAAUGCCGAUGAAUCAUCCCAUCCGGAUGGCUUCAUCGAUGACGACUCCGAUAAACCGCACCUUGUGGCUGUUCCGUGGCCGUCGCAGCUCGCAACUCCAGCGCGACCUCCGCAGUCUACACAAUCUAAGCAAGUGUUCCCUAUUCGAUGGCCAUCUCGAUGCGGGAAGGAAUACAAUGUCAAGACGGAAGAAUACGACUUUGGCAAGACCAAAGAACUCAACAUACAAGAAGCGGUACACCAGCUGGACGGGUAUUACAAGCGGGUGGCGGGUUGGAUUCAUGUGACGCAAGCACACGAUGACCAAGCGCCUGGUACCAUUCAAGCAAAGCUGUCGUAUGCUGUGUCGCCGUCCGUAGACGUCAACAGCAUCAGACACACUUCAACGGCCACUGGACUGACGAUUGGCGACCCCUCAUUUCCUGAUGGGUUUGAUGGAGUGAGAUCUGGUACCGCGUGUCUUGGUAUGUCAAUGGUUGUAUAUAUGGGUGUUGGGGCAACGCUAGAAACCCUGAACAUAGCGUCUACCCAUAUGGGUAUGCAAAUCCACAAUGGCGUCAACCUCACCGUCACGGGAUCGACGUCGAUAUCCCUCACUACCGGUACCCUGGACUCCGCAGCCUUGGAUUCUCGAGAGAUCCAUCUGAAGACGAUAUCCGGUUCCAUUAGUGGAAAGUACUCUCUCUAUGACCUAGUGUCGGUCAAGACGAUAAGUGGCUCUGUGAACAUCAACAUUGAGCCUAAAGAGGCGGUACAAAGAAGUACAAAACCAGCCGUCUUUAUGAUCGAUGCGUUAUCAGCUAGUAUUCGAGCAGACGUUAAGCGGAAGCACAUCCCAGAGCGCGAUUACCAGACGUAUAUCAAUACGACUGUCGGCUCCGUCGAUGGAACUUUCAUCCACGGUUCCAAGACCGAGAUCACUUCAGUCGCUGGAUUGGUAACAGCAGAUCUCCUACCAUUCAAGUCUGGCAACUAUCAAUCGAAGAUCUACACGCACACUCAUUCCGGGCAAACGAGCCUUACUGUUCGCAGUCCGUACAAGGCAAAAAAUGUUGCUAUGGCAGGACUUUUAAGCGCUCACAAGACUACAUCUGGUGGCAUGAACGUUACUUACCCAGAGGAGUGGGUAGGAUAUGUUGAUGGUACCUCGCUGAGUGGUGCUUUGCAUCUCCAAGGGAAAGACCUAGAACUGGUCAAAGAAAGCAGUGAGCCGGGGAAGAACCAUGUCGAAGCGAAGAAAGGAGGUGGUGGAAGUACUUUGAAAUUUGACACGGUUAGCGGCGGAUGUGAGAUCAUAGUCGGAAAGUUGUGAGUAGGAUUCACAAAGAAAGUCAAUAGGAC